AGACGUCACCAUCACGUGAGCGGCUCUGAAACGGGAAGUGGCUGUUGAGGUUUUAAUCAUUGAAGGAGCAACAUCAACAUGAUGCGGCAUGUUUUUAUAGGAGAAUUUGACUUGAAGUUAAUUUAAAUGGUGAAGGUAACAGCUGUUAAACUAAAUGCCGGCAACCUUCUGAAGUAUGGGAUGUCCACGAUGAGUUUAAUUCUUUCCCCCCUUUGCUGUGGGAGCUCAUAACCAGGAACUCAAGUUUGUUCCCUGUUGUUUUGAAGCAAGGUGGAUGCAGAGUGAUAUGUCACUCUAACUUCAAAAUACAGUUGCCCAAAAAGUGUUUUUAAAAUGAGCAUAGAUCUGACACUAUGGGUCACUUCACACAUUACACAGAGGCAAACAUGGAAAGCCUUGCUGAUCGACUGCAAAUCGCCUAGAGACCUACUAGUAGAUCCUGAUGUACUUUCUGCCCUUUCAGCUUUAGCGGUCUUAACAUUGAUUGGGUAAAUGUAUGUUGAUGUCAUCAUGACAGAGAAGCAAAAAUGGUAGAUAUAAUGAAUGAUGAAGUCUUAGGAUGCUUAAAGCUGCAAUCCAAAGACCAAUUAACUGACAAAAAGCUGCCAUGGAGAAUUAAAAGCAACAUAGAAAUAAGCACUAUAAAGGUUUGCAUGAGAAGGUGCAGCCCAUGUGGACCACUGUGGACUAGUUCUGAAUCGGCAGAGUGCCUCCACUUACAUGCCCUCCAGGUAUUCCAGGCCAGUUUGUUUUUGGCAUUCGGUCUGUGGCAUUCCCAGAUGGAGAGCAACAAAGAACGCCAGCGUCAAGGCACUUUUGAAUGCGAGCUGUGUGGAUUAACUGCUCCAUACAGCUACUACGGGCGAAAACCUCCAAAUGCCUCCUCUGUUGUCCUCCUGGAAGAAAGCUAUGUCAUGAAGGAUCCAUUCACCUCGGACAAGGACAAAUUCCUUAUACUUGGAUCUCAGUGUAGUUUGUGUUGCAAGCGUCUGUGUGUUGGCACAAAAGUCAGACUGAGAAUACGGAAGAGAAGCACAAUCUCUACUGGUAUAGAUGCCCUUAGUGCUACUCUUCCAUCUUCAAGAGAUGUGGUUUAGAUGUGGGCAGUGAUAUAUCAGGUUUCAACAAACAUCUUCAGAAAUGUAGGAUGACUCAAGAGCACAACAGACUCAGAAGCAAGGGCUCAGAAAGUACGCUUAUAAUACAGUUACAAUACAUUUGACAGAACUCUUCACAGAUUAUUGCUGCCUCAGACUAGAAAAAAUAAACAGGGCAGAUAAAUAAAGUUAUAGGCUAUGUUGUCAGUCAGUUACUCUGGUUCAAGUCUGCAUUUUAAAAAUUGUUAUGAUGAUAAACAUGAAGUGAAACUAUACACUGUAAAUAACAAUCAACAAAAGGCAUAGCAAUUAGAGCAGAUCUUACAUGCUACCCAAGACAAUACAUUAUAAUGCUUCCAAAUAAAACUAAAGUCACAAAUAUUUAAAUUACUGCUGACCAACAUGUUUUAAUAUAUCUCCAUUAACUCCAUAGCUUUGUCUCUUGCUAAAUCUGUAUGGGGGUGGUUGUCUAUAUAGAGGAUAUAUCUUGGGCAAUCAAAAGUCAUCAUUAAAUGGCACAACCUACCAAGGAAUGGUGCUGUGCAAAUCUCCCACCCAUUUCCAUGGUGCUGGCACAGGAAUUCCACAUAAGUCCUAUCUUAUAUGGGUUGCAUAGUAUUGCUGGGUUUUUAAAUUCCUCCCCCUAUAUAUUUUUAAAAGCUUUAAUUACAAAUUCAGUGCAAAUUCAGUGCAAAAUAUACCUAAAUCUAGGGUUUUAAGCAAUAGAAGUCAUCUGGUAGGUCAAAUUCCUGCUAAGCCUCAGAUCAAAUCCUUGAAACUGUAAAAAUUCAGGUUUAUAACUAUUGUAAACAGUUAUAUUAGAGUACCCUUUACUCACUGAAGUACUAAGAGUGCACAUGAAUAGUAAUUAUGAUUACAACAUAACUUAGAACAAGCCCAUGAUUAAUACUCAGCUCUGAUUCUUUCCUCUUCCCAAGAAAGGUGUCCAAAUUAAUAAAAAUAUUUGUAUAUUUAAUUUUUCACACUUCUGAACACACCAAGCUAAUUUCUUUACAAAUUGUUACCCCAUCAGUUUUCUUCUAUACGUUUGUCCAUGGCAAUAUUUAUAUGAAAUGGAUCAAAACUCCUAUCAUGUUUGAUUAAGUAAUAGCAGCAUGACAUCAGAUAUAUUUUAAUCAUUUCACAAUAGAGAAUAGCAAAUUUAACAUAUAUAAUUAUUUCCAUGUCACAACAAAAUGUCAUGAAAUGAAACCCAGAGGGUGGAGGGAUAUACCGAUUGAAGAGACAGGACAAAACAGGUCAGUACGGGCUCACAUCUCAAUUAUGCUUAUUGUCCCAUUAAAGUAGAAGUUGACAGUCUCAAUUUGAGACUUGGGUUGAGGGAGAAAAAAUACUUGCCCCAUGCCUCACAACAUGUGCUGUGGUGAAGCAAUUUCUGCACACAGUGCUAGAUGCCAAAAUGAAGGAAUUCAACCAAGCACAGAUAAGUAACAGCUACAAAUAUGGGUCUAAAAAAAUCCAGUCACUGGGCCACAGCUCAGCCAUACUAUAAUUUCUUGUGAUCUCUUUGAAAGCAAGCCUGAAGUUUGCAAGCGGGUGUCAAUGUGGCGCCAAUUUCUGCCCAGGCACCUUGAGGUACUUGCCCACCCUCAUCUUCUUUUGGUGGAAGUCAAGUGUAGUGAUUUGCUUUUCUGGUUUUGGUUAGGUUGGGGGUGGGUAGGAGAAGGAAGGCUAGGUCGCCCACCACAGAGGUCCAGCCUCACCUCCCAGGGAAUCUUCUAUGAUUUAAGAUACUUGUGUGGCUACACAGACAAAAAGUACAACAUUGGCAGCUGACAGCAGGACUUAAAAGCAGAUUAAGCAACCUAUGGCAUUGUACAGGAAAGUUGCAUUAGCCACUUAUAUGGCUGAUGAAGUCUUGCUUGCAGGGUGAAAAAUGUGAAGCUUUAUGAACUCACAUGGGGGAAACAAAAAAACUACCCAUCUCAAUGUGCUCUAGUAAGCGAGGGAGGAGUCUUGCCUCAGCAGAGUGCACAAGUAUGCACUACACCCACAGGUGUCCAGGCAAUAAAGUUCCCCUCUGGACCCCUCACAUUAUAUGGAAGUAAUAAUUAAUAACCAAUGCAACAAGGAUGCCAGUGUGGAAAAAAUAGUGUCAUUUUGUCUAACCUACACAGCAAAAAAAAUAAAAUAAAAAUCUUUGAACUCCAUUUGUAUGGUAUAAGUAUAAUUAGAACUGUUUCUGGUUUACUUGGACUUGCCACCCUGAGUUGCUCAUAU